AUGACAUCUGCUGGUGUACAUCCUUCAAAUGCUUUGGGCUGCUGAGGGUUUACUCCGAGCUGGAUCUUAGCAGUCCCAUGUUUAGUUGAUUUAGUUGAUUGUAUGCAGCGUGAAAGCAAGGUGCCAGAUGGGUUACAGAUGGUGUUGUCUGAUGCUAAACAGAAUAGAUGAGAGCUAGAGAUGGCAGUGAGAAGUACUACACUGUACUGAAGAAUAAUACUUUAUUGUCCAGAAAUGGUGUUCUGCUUUAUGCCAACCCCUUUGUGCAAGGUCAGGGAGGGAGUUUCCCUGAUAUAACUCUCCAUCCUUUCCUUUAUAUGUUUUGUUUGAAGCAUGCUGGCCUUUUGUUUCAUUUCAUAUAUAUUUUUUCUACUCAUCUCUCCUUCUCUCCUGUACUGGUUUUCUGCUAUCGUCUGCCCGACCAUCCCUUCCUUUCUCUCCUCCUCCAACCUCCAUCCCUCCGAUCCCUCACACACAGCCUUGCCGCCACAUCUCCAGACCAGGGCUACCAGAAGCCUUUGCAGACCACUGUGGUUCUGAUGAACUCCAACAGCAAAAUCUCUCAGGGGUCAGGAGGGGACAUCUCUGUGACAACACUCUGCCUGGACACCCCCCCAGCCUUCAAGCUCUCCAAAGGCCGGGGCGGGCUCUCCUUCGGGACGGAAUGGCUUUCAUUGCUCCGCCCCUCCACCGUCAACGGAACGCUGAAGUUCUCUCACUCUCUGAACGAUGUGGGCCAGCGCAUGGACAGCCUCUGUAGCGGACUGCACUUCGUAGACCGGACCUGUUCUGAAGGAGAGCUGGAUGUAAAACCUAAACAACCCAACACGGACCAGAAGUCCAAGAUGUUCAACGGCAAAGCAGCCACACUCACACACCAGGCCUCGAACCAUCCUCCCUUCCCCACGCACACACCCUCACCUCGUUCCCUCAUUCACCAACAACUACAAGUACCUCACCCACGAACACUGCCUCCAACCUCACUCUUCUGGCGUCACUCCUCCUCCUCCACCACCUCCUAACUCCCACCUAACGCCCAGCUCCAAACUCCUCCGCCUCUUCCUCCCCUUCUCUCGCUCCUCUACCUCUGCCAGUCUACAGUGUUCUGAGCUGGGUAGCUAUGCCUCCCGCCUCCACAUCACCAAAUCCUCCAGCACCCUAAUGGGGGGCAAUGAGCCUCCCCUGGGGGGUACAGAUGGCCUCCUGGGGGAUGACGAUGUGUUUGAGAUCCCCCAGGGAAAGACCGGAACUUGGACAGGGGCUGGAGCCCCAGGAAGUGGUGCCAGAAGCGGGGAUUCGGGUCCGCUUGGGGCAGCCCCCCUUUGCUACAUGGACGAAGACAGCGAUCUGGACUGUUUUUCAAUUCUAGACCGGUGUUCGUCACCUGCCCAUUCUGACAAAAUGGAGCCUCUCACGCCAGGCCCGCUCUCACCCUAUUCGUUGUCCGGAGACUGCUGCAGGUGGGUGAUUCCUGGAUUGUGACCCCCCUGUGCUGUGAAAUGGUAGAUUCCUCCUGCUCACCCCCGUCCCGUGAUGUGGUAGAGACACAUGCAAUUCCAUGGCUGGAUCCUGCCUACACCUCCUGUGAUAUGACAUGGUAGAGCCCUGCCCAUCCCUCCUGUGCGAUCAAGGACUAGCUGGAAUGGAAUGGUCAGUCACACUGUGGUCUACUC